UAAUCACGUUCGUUUAAGAUUAAAUGAUAAAUGAUUACAUCAUCGCAUAAUAUCUCAGAACAUUUGCUAAGCAAACAUUGACUAAAUACCUCACGACGUCAACAAAAUUCAAUGCAAACUGCAUUGAAGCCUACGCAAACCCGAGGCUCCGUAAUCAUAAAUUCAUUGCCACGCCUAGGAAGCGCACACAAUCCAAAACUAAGGAGCGAAACCUUUACUCAUAUGGCGACGCUGCCGUCGUUUAACAUGAACCGUUCAGUCUUCAACCAUCAUACUGCGUGGUCAGAGUUAUGUCAGUGUCUUAAAAAUUAGUCCAGUGCUUUCUAUACUUUCAUACCCUUAAAAGGCAACGAAAUGUCCAAGUUAUCUGUCACCAACUUCAGUAAAAGGACUGGCAGCCCUUUUAAACAUGAUAAAGACGAAAAGAAGGUGGUGCACGAAGAUGUACUACAGAAAACCAAUUAUGAGAAGCAGAAAGAAAAAAGUGAGGAGCUGACGCAAAAAGUGAACAAAAAAGCAGCAGAAUAUCAGUCGAAUAAACCUUGUUCUGGGGUGUUUACCGAAGUAGUUUCACACGGCGCGUUUACAACAAAGAAAAUUGAAAAGGAAAAACCGAAAGAAGAAAAUGUUACAUCGAGUAAAAACAAUAACGGCAAUGGAUCCAAACUUUUAGGAUUUCCUUCAUCAGCAAAUGAUCUAGCGCUUGAUGCAAAAUCUGAUUUGGAAUCUGAUCCUAACAUCUCCAAAGAAGUUAAAGAAAAAGUAAUUGAAAAAUUGUUUGCAUUAGUCUCCAUGGUACAACAUACAUACGAGUCCAAGGUAAGAAUCAUGAGUGAAUUUGAAAAAUAUAAAGACACACAUUUGAGGAAUGAAUUAAGACGCGAAAAGGAACACUCGGAACAAUUGUACAAGCUACAUAUAAAUUUUCAAAGUGAAGUUAUACAAUCGAUACAGCAAUUGAGAAGUGAAUUAGAUUUAACAAGAAAUUUGACAAAUAACACCGAAGAAGCUACAAAUUUAAUGAGUCUUCGAGACAAUAGCAUAAGGUAUACGCCCAAUGAUGAACAUUCUAUUGAUACAGUGGAUAAUAAAAGUGACAUCACAAAUUAAAUAUGGUUUUAUAAAAAUAUGUCGUAAUUAAAAUGAGUUUAAUUUUGUUUACAUAUUUUAAUAGAAUUCUUUUAUUUCAUGACA